AUGGAGAACAUUGACGUAGCCGAAACGAGGAAUGUUAAAAUUGAAGUGGAUGAGAUAGACGAUAAUGUUUACUUUGAGAGCCUAAUAGAGAUAGUAAAUCACGAAAAUGUGCUGGACGUACAACCGACAGAAAACAUUGUGAAGAAAGAACUUACACAUAGCUGCCAGAAUCUCACAUUAACGUUGAACGUACAAAUAUUGAAGAAAACACCGAUAGAAAAUAUAAUAAAAGAAGGAGAAAAAGAAAAUGAAGAAGAAGGAUAUAUAUUGUUGGAAAUAGGACCAAUGAAAAUUCCUGAGGAGACAACAUGUCUGAACACACGUACAUACACUUGCAACAACUGUCAUAAGCCAUUCACUACUAAAAAACAAAUUGCCUGUCACUUAAAAAAAUGUCCCACCGUGGAUGUCCAAACCAGGCCUCGUGUACAUUUAAAAAAAAUAAGCGAAAUUCUACGGGAUGAAGAAAAAAAUGGCAUUCUGAUGUCAAAGAAACGGGAAGAAAGCGACAAAACGCUGGAAAAUAUUGCGAAUGAAAAACGUCUAUUUCUAUGCUGUACGUGCGGUGAAGUAUAUACCAGCCGAGACAAAAUCACUGAUCACUUGUCAAACAAACACACUCCUAAACGUUAUUUAAACAAGAGGAAAAAAUGUCGCCGACCAAAGCGUGUCCAACGUCAACCAACACAUGAAAAGAUCCACACCGGCGAAAAACCCUAUUCUUGUGCCGUGUGCUCGAAGGGGUUUAUUCAGCGGUCUUGUCUCAAAGUGCACGAGCGCAUGCACACCGGCGUCAAGCCGUUCGUGUGCGACGUUUGUGCUAAACAAUUCAAUCAGAAAAUCGAGCUGAAAGUGCACGAACGCUCGCACAUGGGCGAAAAACCUUUCAGUUUCGCCGAAAACGCCUCGCUGACCGUACACGUGCGCGGUCACACGAACGAAAGACCGUACGAGUGCGAGGUGUGCAACAAACGUUUCACCGCCGCUUCCAAUCUGAUGAGCCACCGGAAAUUGCACACCGGCGAGCGGGCGUACAAGUGCGCCGACUGCGAGAAAUCGUUUGCCCAGAAAAUGCACCUGCAGGUGCACUGCCGCAUCCACACGAAAGAAAGGCCGUACACGUGCGGCACGUGCGGCAAGGGGUUCUCGCAUAGGUCCAAUUUGAGAGCGCACGAGAAAGCCCACAACCCCGAGAAAACGUACGGCUGCGAGGUGUGCAAGAAAAUGUUCACGUGUCUGUCCAAUCUGAUCAGACACCGCGCGGUGCACACCGGCCACAGACCAUACCAGUGCAAAAUCUGCGACAGAAAGUUCGCCCAGAACAUGCACCUGACGAUGCACAUCCGCGUGCACACGGGCGAGAAGCCGCACAAGUGUUCCGUGUGCCAAAAAGCAUUUGCCAGCAAGUCCAACUUGACGAUGCACGAGCUGGCGCACAGCAAGGAGAAACAAUUCUCGUGCAAGUGGUGCAACACGCGCUUCAGUUUCAGCACCAACAUGCUGAGACACCAGAAGAUGCACACCGCCGGCCAGAAACCGUACGAAUGUGCCAUAUGUCAAAAAGGGUUUGUAUACAAGGCUUAUCUUAAAACGCACAUUAAAACUCACGAACGCGAAACUGCGAAAAAUCGAAAUUCGCCUGCAGUUUGA